GUUUACUUCUAUACGGUGCUUUCGCUUUUGUGUAGAAUUCUGUGGCCAAAAUGAAUGUAUUUGAAUCAGACGAAUACGUUUUGAAUACAUAAGUGCCAGAGUGCCAGUUUUUGAUAUUUAUUCUGACAUUGUCUAAAUUCAUUUCAUUGUAUGUUUUAAUAUUUUUAAAAAACACAGCAUCUAGAAUUAUGGAGGUAUUUACGGAAGACAAGUUCUGCAAGUACUGUGAAGAGAAACUAGGAAUAAGUUUGGAAGAAGGACUACAAUGCAGCGAAUGUAAUAAAAAUGUUCAUUUGAAAUGUCUAAAAAGGGGCUCGGUGCCCGGAGGACUUUAUGGCGAUGUUUUUUUUUCGUUCACUUGCCAGGAAUGUUCUUCCACAGAAAUUGAAGUAUUUUCAAGAAUCAAAUUGUCCUGGUUGCAAGUAGUUGUCUUAGUUUUAUAUCAUCUGCACUAUAAAAGUCCUGGACUAGCUAGAAAAGGGUUUUUCCAUUGGAGGCAUCAUAUUGGUAAAUUUAUCGAUAAAAAUUGGGAAACAUUAUUCACCAAUGAAUGCAAAAAGAAGAAAAAAUGGACUGGGACCGUAGCAGGUACUCUUUCCCACUUCAGUAAAUACAUUUUUGUGUCAGGAAAUGCUGUUCUCAAUAAACCUGCUGUUUGGGCCUUGAUGUACCCAAAACUUACUCCUCUUGCUAUUUCUUGCAUAUAUUCGGUAAUGAUGCUCGAGAAACAGCACAUGAAAAAUCAAAAGUUAACCCUUAUUCCAGAUGAUGAUCUUUUUCAUGUAACAGUUCGCAAAUGUAUUGAUAAUGAAGACUUUUUGCAAGUUUUAACAGAUACACAAAAUAUUUGUGAAACCCAAGAUAACAGUGAUGAUAAUGAUGUAGUAUUCGACAAUGCCCAAAUUGUCAAAAAAAUGAAAAGGAGGAAAAACUGUGCUUCUCAAGUUUCUAAGAAAAUGAAGAAAUUAUCUAAUUGUGAAUCAAUGCUGCCAAGUGACCUCCCUGGAUUAAGCAGUUCCACAGAUUUUCAAGAAGAAACUGAAUAUCGCAUAAUUUCAAGUACAACAAAUGAUGCAACCACAGUAGGAGAAGUAGCAAAAUAUGUGGACCCUAUGUGUUAUUAUAAUACUUCCUUGACGAGUUUUUCUAGAACAAAAGGGCUUGAUAUGUAUUUGAAACUGACUGGAGGAAUUCGAGAAUUACCAAUAAAGUCACCCUUCAGUGGUAUUCACCUUCCACCUUAUAUUUUUAGAGACACCGAUACAUUUCCUCCCUGGUUGAAGCUACUGGCAAGAAUAAAGCUUGAAGCAAAUAAAAAAGUUGAAAACUAUAUUUUACCGCCUCGGGGAGUUAUUGACUUUGUAUAUGUUCAGCCCGACCUUAUUCCAGCUUUAAACAAUCUUUGCAACCAGUUUUUCUGGCCUGGAAUUGAUUUAACAGAAACAUUAAAAUAUCCAGAAUACAGUUGUGUCGUUUUGUACAGAAGACUCAUUGUUGGAUUCGCUUUCAUGGUGCCCGUUAAAUUUAAGGAAAAUUAUAUGCCAUUCAUAUUUACGAGACCACAUUGGAGAAAUUGUGGAAUUGGACAAUUCAUGAUAUAUCAUCUGAUGCAGGUUUGCAUGGGUAAAGACAUCACACUGCAUGUGCCAACGGAUAAUCCUGCUAUUAUACUGUUCAAAAAAUAUGGUUGCCAAAUAGAGAAUCACGUAGAAGGUUUCUAUGACAAGUACUUAGGAGUUGAUAUGAAAAAACCAAAACAUGCAUUUUUCUGUCGACUAAGUAACGACUGGCCCCCCUAAACUUGAUGAAAACAUUUUUUAGAGUAAAUUGAUUUUUUUUAGUGAUACUGGUACUGAUAGAUGAAUAUUUUGGAAAUAUAUUUAAUUACUAUCAGUAGUUACCAAUUAUGUGAAUACUGUUGACAUGUUCAUUUUUAGGUCAGGUUCCAUGUAAAAAAUAUUUUAUGUUGGUAAUAUGUUUUGUUAUUCUGUUUUAUAUCUUGUAUGUGAAGUAAUGUUUAAUGGUUUACAGAAUUAAAAAAUAUAUUUUUUUAGA